UUUUAUCCAUGGAGGAUGGGAAAGUGGCGGCUUUUACGUCAACGUGUUCGUUUUUUAACCAAACUUUGCUUCUCCAAGGACCACAAAAAUCCGAGCAAGAAAGUGGGUUCCGGACAGAAUACUGCAGUAUUGUCGACCGCUGCAUUUCCGGUUCAUAUUCUCCUCUUGUUGGAGACACGGAAGCAAGCACUAAGAUCACUCCAAAUUAAGGAGCCGCAGAUGUCUCUUCCGAGAGCCGGAGAUGGAACAGGGGCCAACACUCCCCCGCUGGAAUCCUCUAGUGAGCAGAAGCAGGAACAGCAGCAGGUUCAGACGGCCGAGGAAGAUGCAGUUGGCUCCUCUACGUGGAGGAGGCUCAGUGAAAACAAUAGCCCUGUAUCCCAUUCCUUCCUUCCACAAAAGAAGAGCAAAGUAGAAGAGAGCGAUGACGAUUUGUUCACGGUUCCAGACGUGGAAGCUCCACCACCAACCAACACUGCCAUCAUAUCCAAUGUCUUUGGUAAUGGUAACCGGGAAAAUAAUGCAGAGAUUCAGCACCAGACUGGGUUGUCCAUGAAACGCCGCAGGGGACGAAACCCUGUUGAUAAAGAGUACAGACGCCUCAAGAGGUUGCUGAGGAACAGGGUGUCUGCACAACAGGCCCGAGAAAGGAAGAAGGUAUAUGUCAAUGAUCUUGAAUCAAGAGCCCAGGAAUUGCUGGACAAGAACUCCAAGUUAGAAGAGAAGAUCUCAACUUUGAUCAAUGAGAAUACCAUGCUUAGGAAGGUUCUUAUCAACACGAGGCCUAAGAAUGAUGAAAGUAUUGAUCCGAAGCAGGAUCAUUUUAGCAAGAGCUGAUAAGCAUAAGCUUAUGUGUGCAUUUGGGUUGAAGAUACAUGCAGUAGGCAACAGUUUUAACAGACUUGAUACGGUGCGUUUGAAUGGAGCGAAACGAUGUGCAGCAAAGGAUGGGAAUUAAUGAAACGGUGCGCAGUAAGGAAAAGUGUUGCUGUGUGAAUAAAUUGGUUGAGUUUAAUAAAACGAUUCGUUUUGUGUUGUUUUGUGAAAUAAGCCAAUACGGCAUCGUUUGAAUUUGACCUUUUUGAGAUGCUUUGUAAGUCUGUUAGUUCUAUUAUUUUUUCUAUAAAUAGAGUCAGUGAGGGUUGCAGAAGGUAUCGAUCAUUUCACUUGAGGUUUGAUUUGUAAGGAGGUUGGAGAUUGCUCGAAAAUCUCUUCCGAAUACUAGAGAAGCUUGUGAUUCUA